UAAGCGAAUUGCUGAAUUAUCCUUCCUCUGUCAAUGCAUGGGUACUAUUGUCACACUUGAAUAUGAAGAGUCAACCUGUUGUUAUACUUCUGCCUGUGGAUUCAGUUUUAGAAGAAGUUUCAGAUGAUGAUGCAAGCUCUGAGUCUGGAAUACACUAUGAGCACAAAGAUUUGGACAAACAAUGGCACUCUCCUUGGGGCUCCACUGUGGUUGAUGAUGUAGCUCCUGUAUUUAAAACGAUAGUGGAGGAGAAUUAUUUAUCAUCUUCAACAUUUCCUCUAGACGAUACAAAAGAGAACAGAUUGCAAUGGUGGAUACAGAGAAAGAAGCUUGAUCACCACCGUCUUGGCAAAUUGCUGAGGGACUUGGAAGAUUUAUGGUUGGGUCCCUAGAGAUACUUGCUUUUGGGGGAAUGUUUGGACUGUGAACGCCUGGAUUUGAUACAUAAGAAGCUGGUGCAUGAUCUGAAAUCUAAAAGUAAAAUGGAUGUAAAUGAGAGCCUUCUUAAAAUUAUUCUUUAGAGUGCCAGAUAUUCCCAUGGAAGAGAACAAUGUUUUUUGCAGCUAUAUUUAAACAAAGGCUGCUUUAUUGGUAAAGUGGGAUUUUAUGAUGAAAAAACAAUGUGUAAGGUAUUCUCUAACCCUUGUGAUAGAGUUGAAAAGAAAUCUGCAUUGGCCAACCAACUCAUAUCUGGAGCAGCAGAA